AUGAUCAGUGUCAACUCUACACAGGUUUUAUUUUUCACACUUGACAUCUACUUUAACACUGGGGCUUUGAAAUACUUAUAUUUUGUUGUCAUUAUGUUUGUUUAUAUUUUAAUUAUUUGUGCUAAUCUGUUGCUCAUUGUUGUUAUCUGUAUGAACAGAAGUUUACAUGAACCUAUGUACAUGUUUCUGUGCAGCCUGUUUGUCAAUGACCUGUAUGGUAGUACAGGGUUGUUUCCUUUCCUCCUGGUUCAGAUCCUCUCUGACAUUCACACUGUUUCUGUUCCCUGUUGUUUCCUGCAGAUUUUUUUUUUGUACUCUUAUGUAAGUGUAGAAUUUACUAAUUUAGCCGUCAUGGCUUAUGACAGAUAUGUUGCUAUAUGUUUUCCUCUACAGUACAACACAUGGAUGACAUUUAACAAGGUUGUCAUGCUCAUUGUUGUUAUAUGGUUACCUGUUUGUUUUGCUGUUUGCGUUACAAUAUCAUUGAACGCGUCAUUACAGCUGUGUGGGAACAUCAUAAACAAAGUGUACUGUGACAACUACUCCAUCAUGAAACUGGCAUGCUCUGACACCAGUGUGAAUAACAUCUAUGAACUUGUUUCUUUUUCUUUCACAGUUUGUGUUCCAGUAUCUGUAAUCCUUUACACAUACAUCAGGAUCCUUAAAGUGUGUUUUUCUGGCUCUACACAGAUGAGACAGAAAGCUGUCAGUACCUGCUCACCUCAUCUUGCUUCCCUGCUGAACUUUUGUUUUGGGCUUUCUUUUGAAGCAAUACAGAGCAGAUUUAAUAUGGACAGUGUACCCAAUAUGUUGCGAAUAUUUUUAUCAUUGUACUGUUUUACAUGCCCGCCGCUCUUCAACACUGUAAUGUAUGGCCUGAACACAUCCAAAUUACGCAUCACAUGUGAAAAUCUACUUUUAGGUUUUGUUCGGAAGUAA